AUUAUUUCAUAAUAAUGGCAAUAAUUAUUGCAUGUGAUACAGCUGCGUGGGUCCCUAAUGAUUGGAUUAGACAUACGCAGUAGCUUGCUUAUCCCCCCCUCAAAGGCCCCACCUCAAAUCUUUAGGCCGACGCCCAAAAUUAGCUUAAGCUCAUUUUCCAAUAAAUUCUCCAAAUCAAAAACCCGUUUUUGCCAUAUUUGUCUUCUUUUGUUCUUAAUUCAUUCUUAAUACUUAACUAUUAAAGUGUUAAGGGUAAUAUUAGUACUACUUUCCAGCUAAUUAGUUAAUUAAUUAAUCCAAAAACAAUUUUCCUUUUGUCACCUUUGAACUGUAGUUGUUUUUUAAGGUGCACCUAUCGACGUCAGACGAAGCCUCGAAAUCUGAAUGACGUUCUAGCUAACACGAAAGUUACUAUGGUGCCAUGGAAAUUGGCUCGGUAGACGAUCAGUCGUUAUUUCGUCGAAGACUACGAAACGCCACUCCAAAGUCCUUGGAAUGCGACCUCCAAAUAGUUCCUCCUUCACAAUGCAGUGAAUGCGAACUCGAUCCUGAUGCUUUCAAAAACAAGCCAGAUAUAAAAGAAUGGGUUUGGAAGACGGCACUAAAGAUUUCUUGCCGACCUUGUUUGACAUUUUCUCCAUCAUUCCUCUUAUCACCAGUCUGUUUUUCGCCAUUUAUGGUCGACGAUGGGCUGGUAUCUCCAUUCUCUUGCACAAACCAACUGAUCACCACACCAAAGAAAACAACCGAGAUUUCUCCAUUUUCAUCGAGCGAGUCAAGUAGCUGUAAUAUCUUCACAUUUGAUGCAGUCGAUGUUGCUUGCGCCUCUUCAUCGAGUCCCAUAARCUCUAGCCGUAGACUUUGUGAUAUUCCCGAAGAUAGCGAACUCACAGCUUUUGAUAUAGAAAUACCAUCUAAUUCGAUUCAUAGUCAGAUAUUUCAGUAUCGCAAAGCCGAAAUUCCAUCCGUUCCUCCAAAAAGUCCAAGCAUUGCUAUUGCUACUCAAAGCAAGAAMAACUCCUUCCAGAACAAACAUCAAGUACAGCAGAAAGAACCCGAUAAUUCGAAAAGCAACCGACGGAUUUUUAACUCCGAUUCAAAUAAAAGCACUUGCCAAAAUAGCAGACAAAAAAAGCCUGGUACAACUCUUGUGAAAGGAUUUGAAGCGAAACGAAAAAGCGGUAAUUCAAUGUUCUUAUCAAUGGUUACUCGUUAAUACAACUUAUUAUCAUAUAAUUAUCCAUAAAAUACCUAUA